UUGUUUUGCUCACUUCAAAACUUGGCGAAGUGAUGAAAGAACAUCCAACAAUCAACAUACUUUUAAAAUGCCGCAACCUACACAGGCCUGUAAUAUUCUUGGAUCCAUAAAUAAAUACAGAUAAAGAAUGAUUGUGGGGAUAAAACACAGCUUUAAUAAAUUAUUACAAAAUGGCCAGCACAACCAUUUUUCUCAAGGCUUUAUUCUAACAUAACAUGCCACAAGGAAUUUAGGGGAUUCCAUCAAAUUACUCUUUUCUUAAUGUUGUGGUUCAUGCCCCAUUUAAGGGAAUCCAAAUGAGGAGCUCUGUUACUACAACUCCUACAUCUAAGCCUCGACAUGCAUGCAAAUUGAGAUGCGGUCACAUCAUAUUGAGAUGGGAAGCUGCAGAAAGCAGAACUGGCUUUAUCAGUCGCUGCUUAGUCCACUGUCUUGUCUGGUGCGAUGCAUCUGGACAGCAACUGCCCACAACCCAAGUUGGGCAACUCUUCAGCGCUAAAAUUAAGAACAUGUUUAGAAGAUCUUCCCACAGCGCCAAACCAACUCUGCUGAUCUGGGACAAGAAAAGGAACAGGCAAUGACAAAGGGCAUUUGCUUCCUUCCUGCAAGUGCAAAUUGACUCAUUCACUGCUCUGCAACCUAAACUAUGUUCAGCUACAAGAUGGAGGGACUCCCAGGUCUUCUGCUAAGGCUGAUGCUGACAGGUCUUCUGGUGUCUGCCAAUACUUUCUCACCUUCAACACAUGGAAUUCCAUUCUUUGAAAAGCCUAGCAAGCCCGGAAAACUGGAAGAGGAGAUGAAGGUGCAAGGAGAGUCCCUCAGCAUAAAGGGCUUCUGUUCACAACAAAAGAAAGUCUGGUGCAAAGGAGAUCUGCUGAAGGAAUGUAACCCUACAGAGUCUCCUAGCCUCUCAGGGCCAGGGUGGAAAUAUCUGACUACUGAGCCAAACCAGAGGGUUGUACUACAGGAUCUGAAAAACGGCUGUUUUUCUUUUCUGAUGUCAGCUCUCCAAGUAGAAGAUUCAGGGAUAUACUUGUUUGGGAUCACUGAUGGCUUGAAUAUUGUCCCUUUAAGAAAAAUCAAAGUCAUUGUUCAAAAAGGCCUUCUUGCACCUACCAAUACUUUCUCACCUCCAACACCCGAGGUUCCAUUCCUCAAAAGCUCUAGUAAGCCAGGAAAGAGACUAGAAGUGGUGAUGAAGGUGCAAGGAGAGUCCCUCAGCAUAGAGGGCUUCUGCUCACCGCAAUAUUUGCAACAAGAGGGAGUCUGGUGCAAAGGAGAUCUGCUGAAAGAAUGUAACCCUACAGAGCCUUCUAGCCUCUCAGGCCGAGGAUGGCAGUAUCUCACUUCUGAACCAAGCCAGAAAUUUGCACUACAGGAUCUGGGAAAUGGCUGCGCUGCUUUUUUCACAACAGCUCUACAAGUAGAAGAUUCGGGGAUAUACUGGUUUGGGGUUCUUGAUGGCGUGAAUAUUGUCCCUUUAAGAAAAACCAAAGUCAUUGUUCAAAAAGGUGAGCACAUGGAGCAAAAUCUGAAUACACCUUGGAAGAGUUACAAUAAAGAUAAAAGUCUUAUUUCUCUUCCUUUAUUUUCAGGGCAGCAAAAUUACGGGACUGUGGCAGAAACCAGUGAAAAUGAACAAAGACUUUACCACAUUGUCUUAGUCCUGGUUUCCAUUGCGGUUGGCAUAACAAUUAUUGCAGCCCUCAUAUUAGUUGUCACAAUGCUCAUCAAGAAGAAAACAAGAGCAGCAGAUGACCUGAAUUUUGGUGAUAACUCAAACUGUAGAAUAAUUACAUUCCAGAUACAUGAAAGCACUGCUACCGGCAAUCCUUUGGACAAAGAAACAAACGCAGUAUACGCCAUAUUGAAGAAGCCAAAGUCAAUGACAGAGGAUGUGACAUAUGUCAACACAAAGUUUCCAUUAAGGUCAAGUUUCAACAAAAACCCCAGUGAGCUUUCCUCUCCAGGAGAGUGCUCUCCUGGUGUGAUCUCUUCAGGAUCUGUGAAGUAUGCAAAUAUCAUCUUUGGUUCACAGGUUCCACAUAUCAAGGACUAAAGACAAACUAGAUGUAUAAAUUCUAGAUCUCCAAUUGUGAAAUUCAAUUCUGAAACAAAGGUGGAAGUUGCAUUUGGCUGAGAAUUAGAAUUAAAAGCUAUUUUCCAAAUGCCCCUUUAACUUCUUAGGAAUGUUGAACUAAUAUCCAGUAUUGUAAGACCUUAUAGUGGACCUGCUACCAUCUUUUAGAUCAGCCUAUCCGGAACUUGUAUGCAUGUCAGUUCACAUGGGCAGGUACUCCCAUGAAAGUAGCCUUGACUCUAUGAGAUGGAGACACAUUUGCUUGAACCAGUCUGUACACAGGAAAGCAGCCACCAUCUCUAGCAGUGAAUAGAAUGGAUGCAAAAAACAAGCUACAGUGGUACCUCGGGUUACAAAUGCUUCAGGAUGAGAACGGAAAUCACACAGCGGCGGUGU